UUUUCAUUCAUUUUUGCCUUCAGAAGAUGAGCAAUGAAACAACAACCCUGGUAUCCUUGAAGGAGGCGAUGAAAAGGGUAGACCACAAACUCCAAGCUUUAGAAGCAGAGUUUAAAAAACUGGAUUUCACCAAGGAUAAUCUGAUACAGAAAUUUGAACAUCAUAGCAGGAUGUUGGCAAGCCAGGAAGCCCAAGAUGAGCUGUGGACAGCAGUUCUGGCACUCAAGUUCACUUCUAUGGAAUUAAAUAUUAUAUACAGCUAUGUCAUUGAAGUACUCAUCUGCUUGCACACUCAUGUGCUUGAGAAGCUGCCAGAGCUGGUGAGAGGUCUUCCCACCUUAGCCUCUGUCCUCAGAAAAAAAGUCAAGAACAAGCACAUCAGAGUUGUGUGGGAAUCUGUCCUGGAGGAGUGUGGGCUCCAAGAAGCAGAUGUUUUAGUGCUUUGUACCUUCUUUAUCGCACAUGGUAACAAGGCAGAACACUACAGUGCCAAAGUGAGACAGAUGUAUAUCAGGGAUGUCCCUUUCAUGAUCACCAACAUGGUAAAGAACCAGGCUCUGCAGAAUGGUUUGCUGAGGGCUGUUCAGCUCAUUGAGAAGGGGAAAGCAGUGACGGCUCCUGAAGAGCAAAAGUCAUCUCUGAAAGAGUUGAUACCAACAGUCAAAAACUAACCUAUUACCUUAUGACUUAACAAUUCCACUUCCAGUAAUUUUCUUGCAAAUGGAAAAAA